UCUGUAUUUUUCACUUCUCAAGUACAAAAAUCAGGGAAAUAAAGUUUUUCAUUGGGACGACGGUCUGGUAACCCUCACGCAGGGUUUGUGUUUUUGCCGACCUCUGUGUUCGGUGUGGGUUUUGAUCGAUGAAGCAAGUGUGGUGGUUGAUUGAUUUUCUCAAUCUUGGGCUCUGGUUUGUCGGCGACGUGCUGGGAUGUGAUUUUAUUCUGGAGUAUCCUCUACCGCAGGUGUUCAUUGGGUCUCGCUCGGCGAGGCGCUACCGCACUGGUUCGGGGGGAUGCAUUGAUGGAUGGCGUCGACGGUCUCAGCGAGGCGCUACCGCACAAAGAUUGAUGGGCGGAGCACAUGGCCGAAUGCUGGGUUUCUUUCUACGUGAUGGCAAUUUGAGAUUCAAUUUGGGAUGGAAAUAUUUCUUCUCUUUCAUAGGUGUUGCAAUUCAUAAUGAGGGUGCAGGGCAGAAUGAAGGUGGAUCAAGGGAGCAGAAGAGGAGACGCACAUGGGAAGCACAAGAGCUGGGUUUUGAGGAGGAUGGUAUGGCUCUUGACAAGGCAAAAAACAGGGAAGGGGCGGGCUGGUACCUCCAGACCCGCCCAAAUCCAUGAAGUUCUGGUGCUUUCUGCAGACCGAAGAACAAUUCAAUUUUAGUCUUGUUAUUUUUUUUUGUUUACAACUACGUGUGUUUUUGCUUGUGUUCGGUUUUACUAGCGUUGAAACUCUAGAACUUAAGGUAAGUGAUGGGAGCCUAGUUUGCCAGUUACUUGCUCAGAUAAGUCCAAUUCAGGAUCAACGAACCUGGUUGCUUCUUUUGAGGUGGCAGGUUCUAACUUCUAAGUCUGGUUCAAGGGUGGAUGAUAGACAGUGGACUCUUGGUCUGGUUGUAUACUGCUUGCGUUCUUUCUUAUUAAUAUAAGUCAUCUUCUUUAAAAA